AUGAAAACGCUGAUCCGACCUCUGUUAGCUUCACUAAACCAGUAUGGCUCCUAUGUGUAUAAAGAGCCUGACUUCCGCGUGGAUCACUUGGUCAUCGGUGCUGGUGUGGUAGGACUCGCAGUGGCCAAUGCGUUAGCGCGCCGAUGGCCGGAGAAGUCGACUUAUGUGAUCGAGCGGCACCCGCAGUUUGGGCAGGAGACUAGCUCACGCAAUAGUGAAGUGAUCCAUGCUGGAUUGUACUACCCUGCCGACUCUCUCAAAACGCGAUUUUGUCUACGUGGGCGCGAACUGCUUUACGACCGAGUUCAGCGAGGUGGAAUUGAGGCCAAAAAGAUCGGCAAGUUGGUAGUAGGCGGUGUUAACGAUGCUGCGUACUUGCAAAAGCUUCAUAUGCACUGUGCCUCGCUAGGUGAGCAUGGCCCGCCUACGCGCCUCUUGUCCGGCGACGAAGCGCGUGAACUGGAGCCUGAUUUAUCGCGAGACAUUGUGCAUGCGCUGCAUUCCCCUGAGACAGGUAUCGUGAGUGUGCAUGAUUUGAUGGCGCAACUUGCCAACGAGCUUAGUGAGAUGCCUGGCGCGGACGAAGUGCCCGAUGCCCAAAUUGUGUAUGGCACAUCGGUGGUGCGAAUCGAUCCGCACCUACCAUCCACCUCGGCGUCGUCCAAACGAGGCACGGACCUCUCGCAGGAAGGGUGGGUAGCCCAGCUGCGGACGCACGAUGCGUCGCAUAGCGAGACAGAUGCACUCCUCGCUCGUGUCGUGAUCAACGCAACGGGCCUGAAUGCGCCGCGUGUGCUCAAUACGCUGCUGCAGGCACGCGGCGUGCCCUCGUCGGAGUGGGUGCCGAUGUACUUUGCCAAAGGCAGUUAUGCCAGUUACCGAGGGCCUGGCACCUCGCAUGUACGUCACCUGUUAUACCCUACCCCGCAGUUUGGGGCAUCGCCGAGUACACGGCAGUCGCACGCUGUGCAUUCGCUGGGGACACACUUGACUUUGGACUUGGACGGGCACGUGCGCUUUGGCCCGGAUCUAACGUGGCUCACACCGCCCACGACGAUGCAAGGGGAGGACGCUGUAGGGUACGCGCACGACUUUUGGGAGACGCAGCUCUCGCCAGAGCCUACCGAUGCCUGGUUCGAUAGUAUGGAGCGAGCGAUCCAGGCAUACUUGCCAGGUGUGCGUCGCGAGCGUCUUGCGGCCGACUAUGCUGGCAUUCGCCCCAAACUGCAAGGCCCUGAGUCGACGACGUUCCAAGACUUUGAACUGGUGUGGCAUACAAGUCGGGGCUUGGGGCAGCAGCCUGUAUGGCAGCGUACCUUGCCAUCGGAGGCGCCGUCGGCUGGUGUCCUGCUCAACAUGCUCGGCAUCGAAAGCCCAGGCGUGACCAGUGCCUUGGCGUUGGGUGAGUAUGUCGUGACACAACUCGCCGAGGGAGUAUGGGGCCCUACCAAUCCACGCGGCAAGGCACGUGCCUACGUCGACGAUGUCGGAGACGCCUCGUUGGCCCAAUGGGCUUGA